AUGUUUGUAUUAGAUGGUGUCAUUGAAAAUGUGGUACAGGCUACACCACCUACCGAUAUAGUAAGGCAAGACAAAGCAACUAAAAGAGGAGGAGAUCAUUUAGUUUCCAGUGAUGGGCACAAUUUAACAGUUAAAAGCAAAACAAAGAUAAGAAAGACCACUUAUAAAGGUUGUAAAGCUGAGGCUACUGGCCUUGCUAAAAUUUGUGCAAAGUCUUACCAGGCUGCUAUGGAGCAACCUUUCACUUCAGCGCUAGAUAUUGUUAAUAAGGCGAUUUUGAGCAAGCUGUCUGAUUGCUGCAACAAACAUCUUGCAGGUAUCGAUUCAUGGAUGCCUGUUCCACUGGACGAACUAGGCUUACAAAAAGAGUACAAUGAAAAAAAAGAAUGCAAGUUAUUAUUGGCAUUGCCAUUUUGUCAUCGGAAUGGAUACCUAGGAUGUUUGAACAGAUAG